AUGGAUUCAAACUGCACUCGCGCAGCUCACACAUUAUUCCGAGGAGUUAUCGUAAAUUCCAAUUCCCUUAUUGAAGAUUCACGUCUGAAGCUGGCUAAUUUCACAAAUACUCUAAAUGAUGGAUUAUCGGUUUUAUGGACAAUUAAACAUCGUGAAGAAAUUUGGGAAAUUAUGAAAAUGUUCAAAUUCUUUAAAAGUGAAUUGCUUUUAUCGAUUGAGAAAACACCGUGGUUAUUGAAUUCGGGGACCAUGGAGGCUUUCAGAAAUAUCACGGGUAGAAUGCAUUUUGAUUUAGACAAUGUUAUUCAUGAUCUACUGGGUGAUGCGUCUUUUAUGCGAUAUGAGCAUGAAGAAUGUGAGAUAAAGUUAGUUUUUUUGAAUUGAUUUCCCACGAUUUUCGAAACAGUUUAAAUUCUGUGUUCCAUUUUUUGUCUAGAUUAUAAAGAUGUAUCUUAUUUAGAUUCGCCAAGCUUGGAAGAAUCGCUCUUUAUUUUUGCGCGCUCAAAAAUCUUCCACUGAUCAGAAACUCGAAAUUGUAUGACACAGCUUAA